GCACACACGUGGAGAGUACCAUGCAGCACCCGGAAGUACAGUAAGUCGAGUGAUUUUCACUGUGAUGAUGAUGAUCUCUCAGGGUUCAGUGGUCCAGAGCAGGAUUCUGCUCCGGGUGUUAAAGCACGGCCGGCUCGGAGAACGAACCGAUUUGCAUCCGCCACUUCCGGUAAAGAGGCUCCACACAGACCCGGUUGUGCGACGCAGAGGAGAACCGCGAAGGUCACACUACAUCAGCACCCCGAUCUUCUACGUGAACGCUUCUCCUCACCUCGGACACGUUUAUUCCGCCGUGACAGCCGACUGUCUGCACCGAUACAAACUCCUUCAGGGCUUCGACUCCAAGUUUUCUACAGGUACUGAUGAACACGGGCUGAAAAUCCAACAGGCGGCCAGCGCAGCCGGGAAAGAGCCGCUCAGCUUCUGCACCGAGGUAUCUCACAGGUUUCGUGACACGUUCAGGAGCUGUAAUAUCGCAUACACCGACUUCAUACGGACGACAGAGGACAGACACAGACAUGCGGUGGAACAUUUCUGGACCAAGCUGUUCGACAAAGGCUUCAUCUAUGAAGGGAUAUAUGAAGGCUGGUACUCCACACCGGACGAGAGCUUUCUCACACCCAACCAGGUGACCAACGGCACAGACUCCAUGGGCAGAGAGAUCAAAAUCUCUACCGAGAGUGGACAUAAGGUGGAGUGGAUGAAGGAGCACAACUAUCUCUUCCGCCUCUCCGAUUUCCGGACCAGUCUCCAGGAGUGGUUGAGGUCAAACCCUAAAGCCAUUCAGCCAAAGAAGUUUCACCAUCUCGUGCUUCAAUGGUUGGAGAGCGAGCUACCCGAUUUAUCAGUGUCGCGCCAGAGGAGCCGUCUGCAGUGGGGCAUUCCAGUUCCCGGAGAUCCCGAACAAACGAUCUACGUGUGGCUGGACGCUUUGGUGAACUAUCUGACCGUUGCAGGGUAUCCAGAGAAAUACUCCGAGUGGUGGAACGUCGUCCAUCACGUCGUAGGCAAAGAUAUAUUGAAGUUCCAUGCUAUAUAUUGGCCAGCGUUUCUCUUGGCUGCAGAACUGCCCCUUCCUCAGGCCAUAUACGUGCACUCUCAUUGGACGGCUCAGGGAAAGAAAAUGUCCAAGAGUCUCGGCAAUGUAGUGGAUCCACUCGAGAGUUUGAAAAGGUUCACCAUGGACGGGCUGAGGUAUUUCCUUCUCAGGCAAGGAGUUCCAGAUAUGGAUUGCGACUAUGACGACGACAAGGUGGUCAAGUUGUGCAAUAGCGAACUGGCCGAUUCUCUCGGUGGUCUUCUCAACCGCUGUACCGCACCCUCCCUCAACCCGGAGCAGGUUUAUCCUCUAUUCUGCAACAUCUCCUUCCCAAAAGUGUGCGGUGGAAGAGCAGUUUCCGAGGAUUAUAAAUUGGUGGAGGCCGUUUCCAGGCUUCCUGUUUUGGUGAAGCAGAAUUUUGACAACCUGCACAUGUAUAAAGCCCUGGAAGCAAUCAGCGCAUGCGUACGCCUGACCAACAGCUUCGUCCAAAGACACACGCCGUGGAAACUCGACUGCACAGAGACAGAGGACAAACUCUGGCAUGACACCAUACUGCAUGUGUCUAUGGAGUGUCUCAGAAUCUACGGCGUUCUCUUGCAGCCCGUUGUGCCUGCGAUAGCAGAUAAAAUCCUGUCCAGGCUCGGGGUGACGUCUGCCGAGAGGAACUGGGAUAAUACCCACGAUUUCCUGUCCAAGUUUGAAGGAAGACAUUGUCCUUAUGAAGGACGAGUGCUAGGUCCAGACACUGGGGUGCUUUACAGACGUAUCGAGAGGAACAUUCCAAAGCAAAAUGCAGAAGGAGGACAAAAAGGCAAAAUUAAACAAGUCUCGCCAUAGUUUUUUUUUGUGGAAAAAGAAUAUACUAUAGUAUAAUAAAAGAUAUUAAAAGCUGAAAAUAAACUGGACUGCAGAAAAACAUAUAUGGGGAUAAACUGUUGCACAUGCCGCUAAGUGGCUCAACGUGAUCUUCAGACAGCUAUAACAGGGUUUCUGCAGGUUUCACCAAGACUUCUAUUAAACCAUUAAGAAUUACGUUUAAGACCUGUAUCAUAACAUCAAACACACAAACACAUUGUUAGCGGCUUACAGCCUUAACCAGGCCCUAAAUUCAUCUCUUUUAUGUAUCGCUAAACUUGCACUUCGCCAUCGCUUCAAAAUAAAAUCUGUUUUGCAUCUCUGGUACAAUCCAAGAGAGAUUCGCACCAAUAACAAGAAAGCUGAUUGGCUGUUGCAUGUUGGUCUCAUUUGUAGUCGUUUUAAAGCAAAUUAUAUUUGAACUGGCAAAAGAUCAUGGAAACUAACAAACAAAAACAUUCUAAAAGUGCUGCUUGAGCAUUUUAAAGUGCAAUCGAGGUAGUGUAACAUGGACCGGUUUAAAAUGAUUUAAAACCUAAAACAGCGAUUUUUGAGAAACAGAACUUUUUUAAUGGCAUUUGGAAGAUGAUCUCAGCCAGGGUGACUUACAGCUGAGUAAGGGAGGGUUAAGGGUUUUUUUUUUUUUAAGAGCCGAGCAGUGAUCUGAACUUGUGAACUUCCGAUUCAAAGUCCAAUGCCUUAACCACUGAGCUAAACGAUGGCUUUGUUCCGGUGCUCAUUCGGAUUUAGUUACCGCUUAAAUCGGAUCCUAUCCAGAGAAAAUCCUUUUACUUACACACCAGUCGAUCACAAGGCACCAUGUAAACAUGUUCACGUUGCGUUAGAGUCUGCAAUCCAUUUACUGGAUCACCUAAUGGAAGUCAUCAUGAAGGAAUACAAUACAGAGAACCCUGAGGAAUGGUUUAAAGCUACCAGAAUAUCAUCAAGCAGAUUACAUCGAUCAGUAUGAUCAUUAUGAGUGGUGAAGUGAAGACCACUGAUCAUCUAGUCAUCAUGGCACCUGUAAGUGUUUGGGAUACUUUUAGGCAGCAAGUGAACAUUUUUUACCCUCAAAGUUGAUGUGUUAGAAGCAGGAAAAAUGGGUGAGUGUGGCGUCUAGACGUCUGGGUCAGAGCAUCUCCAUAACUUAACUGCAGCCCUUGUAGGAUGUUCCUGGUCUGCAGGGGUCAGUGUUUCCAGUGCUCCAAGGAAGGAACAGUGGUGAACCGGUGACAGGGUCGUGUGUGGUAGAGGAUCAUUAAUGCACGUGUGGAGUGAAGGCUGUCAGUGUGGUCCGAUCCAACAGACGAGCUCCUGUAGCUCAAACUGCUGAAGAAGUUCAUGCUGUAGAUGCUCGACAGGUCAUGACAGAUGAAGGGAGACCAACACAAUAUUAGGCAGGUGAUCAUAAAUGUUAUACCUGAUCGAUGUAUAAUCAGUAUUUCAGAAUCAUGAACAAUUCUACUGUUAUGCUUUGGCCACUUCCGCCUGCAGGAGUCGAAGAUGUACACGAUACAAAAUAAAGAUUUGACUUCCAAGAUUAAAGCAUGACUGUUUUAGUUCCAUGGACAUGCAGCCAUUGAUGUGGAGUGAUUUAGGCAUGCAGCUGGAACACGGCUGACCUGGUAGCUAUAAUUUAUUACUUUGUCUGAAAUAGAAGUAAGAAUGAUUAAAGGUGGAAGUCUUUCGAGAUUGACUAUAGUCUGGGUAAAAUGUCUUUUUUUUUACGUGUCUUAACAGAGUUGUAGUAGUGUCUCGGUGCAGAGGUGUGACGAGUCAUGAUGCCUUACUGUUAUCAUUAUUUUUUAUAUAACUCUAAAAUGGUGCACUUUUAAAGUCUGGGCCACGGUCUAAAAAUUGACAUGACUUUUUUUAAUGAGAAUACACGAAACUGAAAAAUUGUACAAAGUAAAUUAAAAUAAAA